GUCGAUAGUUGCGAGACCAGUGGGGUUUUAUGAUUUACUUUCUAAGGAGGAGGGGGGGAAGCCAACCUCGUCCAAAGAUCAACCAACCCCCUCGAGGGGUGUGUGAUGUGAUGCUUCACCCACCAAGCGGGAGGGCUUUCUUGAAGAGACGAGAACAAGCACAGAUAGCUCGAGACCAGCCCCCAGCAGCAGCCAGAAGAAUAUCAGACGUCAGACGGCAACAGGGUGGUGCGAAUCAAGGGAACCGUCUGGCGUACGGUACGCGAGGGAAGGGUGAUGUGAUGGGUUGAUCCUGCUCGGGGCUGGCUGCUGCUAUAAAAGGCGCGCUGCCCCGCUGCCUCGCCCACGCUUUCCCUCGCCCAACUCCCAACUCCCAACUCCCAUCUUUUUUCUCUUUUUUCCCACUUCCAUCGCGAUCCGUCUACCACAACAGCAACCACCACAUUCUGCUUUCAUCGCCUCGUACUCCUGGUACCCUGUCUGUUCAUCGUCGAUAAUCAACUGCAUCAUCCUCUCUCACAAUUUCAAAGGAAAUCCACGCUCAUCAUCCACAGUCGCCAUGCCUCCCAAGAAAGCCGUCACCUCCAAGCCCACUGCCACCCAUGCGUCCUACAGAGAUAUGAUCAAGGAUGCCAUCAUUAAUCUCAAGGAACGCAAUGGAAGCAGUCGCCAGGCUCUUAAGAAAUAUGUCCAGGCCAACAACAGAAUCAAUAUGACUUCCCAGAGCGCGUUCGAUGCCCAAUUCAACCGUGCAGUCAAGACUGGUGUCGAGAAGGGCGAUUUCACUCAACCAAAGGGUCCAUCCGGCCCUCUGAAGCUCGCCAAGAAGGAACCAGCCAAACCCGCUGCUAAGAAGGCUGCCGCAAAGCCUGCUGCUGCCAAAAAGGAAAAGACACCCGGUAAGAAGGCCACCACAAAAGCCGCCACCACCACGACGAAGAAAGCCGCUGCCCCCAAGAAGACUCCUGCCAAACCAAAAGCAAACGUUGCUAAGCCUCGCAAGGCCCCAGUUGUCCCAGCAGUAGUUGAUGCUCCCAAGGUCACAGGAAAGACAAAAUCUGGCCGCGUCACAAAAACAACCGCUAAGCCCGCACCGAAAAAGAAGACCCCCGGACCCAAGAAGACCCCCACAAAGAAGGCAACACCGAAGAAGGCAGCAGCAUAGUUUCGUUUUGCUAUUCUCUUUCCUUUUUCAUGUAGUUAUUAUGCCUUCUUUUCGUUCUGCGUUCAUGGGUUAAGGGUCUGGCUCUCUUUUAUAUAUUUGCUCUCUCUCUCUUUCUCUCUCUGUGUGUGUGUCUCUCUCCCACGGUUCUGAUUAGCCCUGGGGUUUGCUAUUUUUCGAACCACUGUGCCCAUGAAUCACCCAUUUUUUAUUAUUUGGUACGAAACGGCGUCGAGGUAGGAAAUAUGGAAAUGGAUGGGUUGCGUCUUUUAGUAUUUUUUGUAUUCUGUUGUUUUGUCGGUUUAUUAAUACUUUUUUUUCCCUUCAUUUUUCCCAUGUCGUUAUUCUGAGUGAGUGUGUUGAGUGCGUAGUGUGUUGUAUAUUCUUGUUGUAAGGGGAUACGUUUAUUCUUUUCUUAAUUUUAAAUUGUUCCUCCCUUUCUUCGUUUUUAUUAUCGUGUUUUCUUUAAUUUUUUUUAUUUAUAGCUCGUAUUUUAACCUCUUGUUGGUUUCUGAUCGCGCUUCUGGGUCUAUAAUGGUGUAUAUUUAUAUCUAUCUACGGAUUGGUGGUUGGUUCUACUUUAUAGGAACAGGUGGUGAGUGGAAUAAAUUAUAAUAGGAACGACAGUAGAUAUCGGGGAACAAAAAACAGGGGUGGAGGGGAAAUACGUUAUUAUUAUUUAUUAUUCUUCUUAUUACUAUGAUAAAACACUCCCUUCUUAUCAGUUGUAUGAAGACAGUACAUGUGGCAGGGACUCAGAGUAACUAACUAUUUGAGUACACAAUUUUCACUGUGUCUGUUUUUGUUGCAUUUUUUUGGGUGCAGAGAAGGAAGGACCUGUCAGGGGGUUGCACUGUAACUACAUGUACAUCAUGUACAUAAAUGAAGAAAUGAACAAUUUUGUUGAUGAAAGAUUUCAUCUCUUCUCUCUAUCUUUUAUAUAUCUUACUGACAUUUUCAUCUACAUCAUUGCCUUUCUGAGUAUUACCAUUCUCAGAUGUAGAUGGGGGUCUGGUCUGCA